AUGGGCGCAGUCGAGCGGAAACCGCGCGGCGCCAUCGACAGCGGAAGAUGCGGUGCAGGCGGAACUUGCGGCGACGCCGGGACUGCUGGAGCCGAUGCGCAUCGAGCUGAUACCCGAGGGCUGGUGGAGCCAAUGCGCGUCGAGCUGAUACCCGAGGAGGGGAAAGUGGACAGCUACCGCAUAGCAGCGGGCAUGAAAUCCCGGCACCCCCCAGGCGUGAUCUACGGGCUCCUGCGCGACUUCAAGCGCGGCCCCGCUAUCUUCCGCCACAUGGACAAGUGCUCCUCCGUGCCGCAGCCCGACGGAAGCUUACUCGUCGUGCAGAACGUCAAGUGGCGGUUCCAGCUGUUCUCGGGGAAAUUCGACCUGGCGCUCUAUUGCCACUGCGACGACGCGACGCGCACUAUCACGUACCGACUGGCAUCUCCUGGAUUCAUGAAAGAUUUUGUCGGCACAUCAACCAUCCGCAGCCUUUCCCUCCCUCACGCCCCACCAUCCUCCUCCUCCCUGCCUCUCACCGUUCCCGGCACACGCGCUAUCAGCCGCCCCCAGCCUCUGCUACAGCCAGAGCUACAGCCCCAUGCACCUCAGCCUAAGUCCUUGCAUCCGGCGCUACAGAUGAAGCCGCUACAGCCGCGCCUCCCGCUACAGCAGCGGCUGCUACAGCUUCAGCAGGCGAUUCCCCUCGGCCGCUUCCCUGCUCAGCUGCUGGCGUUCGGCCGAGUGGCUGUGGGCGAGCCUCGGAUCGAAGGCGAGGGGGUAGGAGGGGGGAUUAUGGGUGGAUGGCCAAGGAUGGGUGAUGGAGCUGCUGGUGCUGUGCCCAUGGUUGCGGCAGCAGGAGCAGUAGGAGCACCAGUAGCAGCAGGAGCAGGAACAGGAGGAGCAGUAGGGAGCAUGGGAGGAGGAGCUAAAAUAGGAGGGGUCGUUCAGUGGAAGGGUGGCGUGUCUGCAGGUGGUGCUUCGGAGCUGGUGAAAUGUGGACCGUCGGAUUGUGGGUCGGAGAUCGAGAUCGUCCAGAGGGUCGAACCAUCCAACUUGCCGCUUGGUCCUUUGACAUCCGGGCCGUAUUCAGGCAACCCAUACGGAGCCGCCAACGCACAUAAUGCAUCGUCCUAUUCUGCUCCUAAUUCUGCUUACGCUCCUAAUCAGUCGCUUCCCCUUCCGCCUCCGCCUCCUCCGCCCACCAGCGGAGAACUUCCGCUUCCCCCUCCUCCGCCGCUCCCCCCUCCCCCCUCCGGCUCCCACCAACCAGCACCUCCUCCCCCGCCUCCCCCCACGUCCGAUCCCCCGUUGCCCCCUCCCCCGCCCUUCCCACCCGCGCAUUCCGCGCUUCCGCCUCCCCCGCCUCCCCCAUCCGGCUCGGGGACUCUCGCACUUCCGCCACCCCCUUCCGGCCCGCAUCCUCCGUCGGCGGAGAAGGGCCGGCAUGCAGGGGGGGAUGGGCGGAGAGACAAGCGCGGAGCUGGCGGGGAUGCUGUUGGGGGAAGCGGCGCAGCAGGCGCAGCAGCAGGGGGGGCUAAGGACGAGAACCGGUUGAAACGGCCGUCGACGUUCCUGUGUAGAGUGAGGUUCACUAAUACCCUGCCCGAGCCAGCAUCACAGCCGAAGCUGCUGCCUCUGGGGGGGGACCCACACCGCUACUCGGCCUACCACGUGUCGACUCUAGAGGCGGACCACCGGCAUCGCCUGCACGUGGAGCCGGAUUUAGGGAUCCCAUUGGACCUGCUCGACCUAUCCGCCUACUGCGCCCCGCCCCCCUCUCAGCGCCCACCACUCCACCCGGCAGACGCGGAACUCCUGAGGGACGAUGAUGCGAGUGUGAAGCACAGGGAGGGCGCGGGGGCAGCAGCAGGGGGGGCGGGUGCGUUGCGAGUGAAGGAGAGACCUACUGAUGCUGGGCUGAGCUGGCUCGUGCACACUCAGUACAUCUCCGCUGCUGGCUCUGGCAGUGCUCCCAAGAAGAGGGUGCUUAAUGAGAAGGAGGCGAAGCUGCUGGCGCUGCAGCUGGAGUUGGCAGAUGAGCAGAUGUACAGUACAAGGGAGGGGCAGAUCCGGUACAUCGAGGAAUCUUUUCAGGCUGCCCGGAAGCCGCCCGUGCACCCGUCAAACCCGAGCCUGGAGGCAGUGGAGGUGUUGCCGGUGCUGCCGCUGUUCUCCCUGGCGGGCCGCCAGUUUGUGCACCUCGUGUUUGACGACACGCCUCUUGCGGAUUCGCCUGCACACAUGCAUCUGAAGGAGGAGCAGAAGAAGGAAAUGGAGGCCAGGCCGCCCGUGCACCCAUCGAACCCGAGCCUGGAGGCAGUGGAGGUGCUGCCGGUGCUGCCGCUCUUCUCCCCGGCGGGCCGCCAGUUUGUGCACCUCGUGUUUGACGACACGCCUCUUGCGGAUUCGCCUGCACACAUGCACUUGAAGGAGGAGCAGAAGAAAGAAAUGGAGGCGCGGGCGAUCAUGAAGAAUUUCAAGGUGGCAGCACCGGGGGGAGGGGAGCCACAGUCGUUUGUGGCCUACAUGGUUCCCAACAAGCGCGAGCUGGGGAGGAAGCUGAGGGAAGGGGAGAGUGCUCGGUAUGACUGGGUGCGAGAAUACCACUGGAAGGUGGCCAAGGGGGAGCAAGGUCGAGGAACCUUCCUCUUCUGUUUCAACAAGGACAGUGUGAAUUACCUCCCAAUCAACACGAAGCUCACAGUGGCAAAGAGAAAGGCCAAGGAGGGAGGCAAGGCGAAGGGCGAGGAGGGAGAGAGAGUGGAGUUGCCCGUUCCCUCCAAGAUAGUGCGAAACCGAUCAGGGGAAGACGCAGAGGAGGAGGAUGAGAGAUUGCUUUUGAGAAUUCUCUUAAGUGUCUUGCACGUAUGUUCCCUUCUCUGCACACUUGCUGCUCCCUCCCUUCCAUCAGAUCACAGUACGGAACCGAUCAGGGGAAGACGCAGAGGAGGAUGA